GGGACACGAGGAGGUGGGAGUGGAGUGCGGAGGUGGGGGCCGGGAGCGCGGAGGUGGGAGCCGGGAUACGAGGAGGUGGCGGCUCUGCCCGGCCCCUCGAACAUGCUGUACCUGGUCGGGCUGGGCCUGGGCGAUGCCAAGGACAUCACGGUGAAGGGGCUGGAGGCGGUGAGGCGGUGCCGCAGGGUGUACCUGGAGGCCUACACGUCCGUGCUCACGGUGGGCAAGGAAGCGCUGGAAGAGUUUUAUGGAAAAGAAUUGAUUUUGGCCGACCGAGAAAUGGUGGAGCAAGAAGCAGAUACCCUUUUAAAAGAAGCUGAUGUUUGUGAUGUCGCUUUUCUUGUAGUUGGGGAUCCUUUUGGGGCCACAACACACAGUGAUUUAGUACUACGUGCAGUAAAAUUGGGGAUUCCUUACAAGGUCAUUCAUAAUGCUUCAAUAAUGAAUGCAGUGGGCUGCUGUGGUUUACAGUUGUACAGUUUUGGAGAGACAGUUUCUAUAGUGUUCUGGACAGAUACAUGGAAGCCAGAAAGCUUUUUUGACAAGAUCGAGAAGAACAGGCGGAGUGGAAUGCACACCCUGUGCUUACUUGAUAUUAAAGUGAAGGAGCAGUCUCUGGAGAAUCUCAUGAAAGGAAGAAAGAUUUACGAGCCACCGCGCUACAUGAGUGUGAAUCAAGCUGCAGAGCAGCUUCUUGCCAUUAUUCAAAACAGGAGGCACCAAGGAGAAAAACCAGAAACUACUGAAAACACAAUUUGUGUUGGCCUUGCUCGUGUGGGUGCUCCAGAUGAGAAGAUUGCAGCAGGCACACUACAGCAGAUGUCCAGCGUGGAAUUGGGUGGUCCACUACAUUCCUUAAUUGUUACAGGCACUAUGCAUCCUCUGGAAUUAGAGAUGCUUAAGCUCUUCUCUGUAGAUAGUUCCAGUUUUGAAAAUAAUGUAUGUCAAAGGACCACUUAAAUAAAAAUGAGGCAUUUACAUUUUUA